AUGGAAAUCUCAAAACUUCUGGCAGAAAAAGAGGAGCUCAAAGUCCAAAUUCAGGAGCUUAUAAAGGAAAACCACCAACUGGCCAAAGAAAAAGAGGAGCUCUGCGAAGAGUAUAAAGAGUAUAAAGAAAAGAUGAGCAGAAAAAUUAGUUCAGAGGAACUUGGGCAGCUGGAGAAACUGAGGCAAGAGAACGAGAGACUCCGCUGCAAGGCUCAGAAAGAAGCUGCGGAGAAAGCAGAGCUCCUACAUGAGAAUAAUGAUCUCAAGGAAGAACUUUAUAGAAAGAUAGCAGUGAUGUCAAAACUGACAGUAGAAAGUGAAGAGCUCCGAAACAAAACUGAGAUUCUGAUGUUCAAAAAUAUUGAACUUACCGAUGAGAAAGAGGAGAUCUUCAGAGCGUACGAAGAAAUACUGUGCAGAAAGGAACUACUGAGGAUAGGCCGCUGCACCUUAUUGACAGACAGAGACCAGAUGGAAGACAAGACAGAAGCUCAGGAGAAAAUGAAGCCUCAGAUGGCAGAAUAUCAAUUGAACUCCAAAUGGCUUAAAGCUUUGGUGGACAAAAUUAAAAAAUCUAAGGAACCUGGGUCAAAUAUUCUGAGGUGGCUGCAGAAAUCUCUCAAACUCCUAAAAGAGGAUUCCUCUGAACGGUCAAAACACACCCUGCCAGAAUGGCUUAAAGCAUCUGCCACCAACCUCCCAGAGGAAUGUGCUAAAGCAGCCAGGGAGGAUGAUGUUUCUUCAACUUCCCAGACCAGCUAUGGCACCAUUUCUAUUAGGUUACCAGGAAUCUACAUCUCAUGUAUAGCAGCCAAAAAGCUUCCAAAAAACAAGAUGCAGACUACCAAGAUGGAUGCUGACAAUUUCACUUCAGAAACAGGAUUCAUCCUCUUGGGACUCGCCUCUCAUCGAUAUCAAUGCAUUGUGCUAUUUGUGGUCUUCCUAACAAUGUACUUGCUCACAGUUUUGGGUAACCUGCUGAUCAUCAUACUGGUACACAUGGAUGCUCAACUGCACACACCUAUGUACUUCUUUCUCAGCCAUCUGGCAAGCCUGGACAUUCUGUAUGUCACUUGCUCUUUGCCUCAGACUUUACUCCACCUCUUGUCUGGAAAAGGUGUGGUUUCUUCCAUAGGUUGCAUCUUACAAGGAGGAAGUGCCCUGAGCUUGGGCUGUACUGAAUGUUUGCUAUUGGGUGUCAUGGCUUAUGAUCGUUACUUGGCCAUCUGCAACCCCUUGAGAUACACCUCGGCCAUGGACAGGAAGCACCAACAUCUGCUUGCCAUCUCCUGCUGGAUCAUAGGCUGCAUCCUCUCGACAGUCACUAUUGUUUGCGUCUUUCGUCAUUCCUUCUGCGGUUCCAAUCACAUUAACCACUUUUUCUGCGAGCUGCGUUUUUUGCUAGCUCUUGCAUGUGAUGAUGUAAAGCGUACUACAGACAUACUUAAUGCUCUAUCCGUAUUCACCAUUCUGAUUCCCUUUUCAGUUAUCUUGUGUUCCUAUUGUUGCAUUGUACAUUCAAUUUUUCAAAUGCAGUCAAUUGCGGGGCGUUAUAAGGUUUUCUCCACCUGUGGCUCCCACCUUAUUGUGGUCACCUUGUUCUAUGGAACCAUAAUCUCUAUAUACAUAACCCCCCAUUCAAGUUCAUCUGAUAAGAACAAAAAGGUUGCAGUUAUGUAUCUUGCAGUCACUCCCCUGCUCAACCCCAUCAUUUACACUUUGCGGAAUAAAGACAUCCACAGGGCUGUGAUCAAGGUGUUGAGAGGAAGGAACUUUGAAGAAAAAACAUGA